CGCUCGUGAGGAAGCCCAUGUGAUUCGUCCCCAGAAAGACUAGAAAUAUAAGUUCCAUCUACGACCUACUAGAACGGAACUAUAUAGCAUCAUCGAAACGUUGCGGAGGUGGGGGACCAGACUCUACCACCCCGCAUGUUCCCAGAUUCCUUCCCCAUGGCCCCCGGACAGAGAUCGUAGAGGUAGUAUGUGGGCGUACGGAAAUGGGAGCGAUGAUAGCAUUCCCUGCUUAGAGGUACUUGCUUAUAUAGCACGUAUGUUCCCUGGUGCUCUCAGGGAGCAGAAGAUGUGCGAUCCCAGACCUCUUCCACUGCGUGAUAUCUGUGCCCCCCCCUUAUUCGUGACGAAACAGAAGAGAUAGUUCCCGUACUGCGCAAUUCCCACCAUGUCAUUGCAGAAUUCAGACGGAGGCCACUUCAAUGGAAAUGGAAAGGAAACAAACCCUGGGGGACAUGGAAGGGUCUCACGAUUCCCUCAGACAGUAUCCAACGUCCCAAUGCCGUCCACCCAUCAGGCUACGGUUUCGCAAGUCCCAUUUCCCCCGUAUCAGAAACUUGCAAACCCUGGUCCUCUAGGCCUGCUUGGUUUCGCUGUCACCAGUCUCGUACUUGGUCUCUAUGAGUGUGGUGUAGGAUUACCAAACGAAAACCCUCAAGGAAACGUUGGACCAAACCAGGCUAUACUCGGCCUUGCCAUCUUCAUGGGCGGAACAGCCCAGUUCAUAGCUGGAAUUAUGGAAUGGCGCGUGGGCAACACGUUCGGUACGACAGUUCACUGCUGCUAUGGCGCCUUCUGGCUCAGUUAUGCGAUGUUUUUAAUCCCAUACCUCGACGUCAAGGCCGCAUACAACAAUGACAUGAGAGCAUACUCCUUCGCUAUCGGCGUGUACCUGAUCAUCUGGUGCGCGGUGUCGUUUCUGUUUUUUAUCGCGGCAUUGAAGACCAACUUGACUAUUCUCGCGGUGUUCUUCUUCCUUGUUCUGGCAUUCCUGUUCCUCUCGAUCGCCUCUUUUAUCGAGACGGAGCAUCCUGCCGCUAGUGUGAGAGUAAAUAAGACCGGGGGGGCCUUCACGGUUAUAUGUGCAGCUUUGGCGUUCUAUGCAGGUGGAUCUGGGUUGAUGCUGCCAGAUACGACAUUCGUGAGGUUUCCAUUGGGGAUUAUUCCUCGCCAUGACGAUGAGGGUUCCUGAAUUAAUUUAAUAUGCUGGGAGUCGCACUAGCUUUGUACAACUGCGCCAUCUGGACUCGGUGAUUGAUGAAUGAGCCUUUGUUGUGGUAUAUAUGUGAUUCUAUUUGUUGCGGGGGGGUAGUUUCAUUGUUGUCGCGCGGGUCGAUUCAAUGGGGCUUGUACUGUACAUUAUUAUAUUGAAAGACCAAAUGGGUGCUUCUAAAACCCUUUUACAGUGGAAUUGUAAAUC